AGAUUCUGUGUUUGUUUUUGUUUUAAUGCAGAAAAAGUGUGAGUGUUACUGGGCUGCAGAACAACAGUCAGCUGCAUUCGGACCGUUCACUGUGUACAACCAGGGGGAGACUCGUCCUAAUGCAGACCUGGUGGUCAGAUCUCUGACCGUCACGUACCAGCAGGACUCCCGUUCUCUGGUUCUGUAUCAGUUCCUCUCCUGGCCCGAUCACGACGUUCCCUACGAGGCUGCAGGAGUUCUCGACCUGCUGGAGAAAGCGAGAAGCAGCCAAGGAACACACACCUCUCCUCUACUGAUACACUGCAGUGCAGGCUGUGGGAGGACUGGAGUCAUCUGUGCUCUCGACUACAUCCAUGACCUGCUGGUUACCGAGCAGAUCUCUGCAGACUUCAGUGUCAUGAGGAUCGUUCUGGAGAUCCGGACUCAGAGACCGUCGGCUGUUCAAACUAAAGAGCAGUAUCGCUUCAUCUUCACCGCCGUCGCCUGUCUGUUCGAACGAGUUCUCCAAUCACGCAGGCCUUCACUCUACUGCAACCUGACAGAGCAGAAAAAACAAGAGAAGAAAAGAAUAAAAACACCUGCUUCACCCAACAACAGACUGUCUCUGCAGAGUGAUAUGAGUGACACGUACGCUGUCGUCAACAAGUCUAAACCCAGAAUGAGCACCAUCCCCUUAUCCCAUCACUAUGACAACGAUGGCGGCGGAGCGUCAGCCACUCCGGUCUACAGCACGGUCAGACCGCGAGUUAAACCGCUCAGCCUGCAGACAUCUGCCACGCCCAUCUAUGACACGGCAACACCGUCCAAUCACAGAGGAGGGGAGGGGCCAACGCCACUUCGCGACGACGGAGAUUAUCAACUGCUGCCAGGUAAGAGGGAGAAGAGGGGAGGAAGGAAGGAAGGAAGGAAGGAAGGAAGGAAGGAAGGAAGGAAGGAUAAAUGUGAUGAAAAUCUGCAGCUAGCAUUCAUUUAACAUGUCUCUCUCUCU